AUGAGGGCUCCCUUCGCAGGGAGUGCUGCCUUCGCAUGGGGUGGUGCCUUCGCAAAGUAUGCUUCGUUCGCAGGGAGUGCUGCCUUUGCACAGAGUGCUGCGUUCUCUUGGAGUGCUGCCUUCAAAGGGAGUGCUGCCUUCACAAGGGAUGGUGCCUACGCACGUAGUGCUGCCUUCGCACGGAGUGCUGCCUUCGCAAGUAGUGGUGGAUUCGCAAGGGGUGCUGCCUUCGCACGGAGUGCUGUCUUUGCACAGAGUGCUGCCUUUGCACGGAGUGCUAUCUCCGCACGGAAAGCAACCUUCGCAAGUAGUGCUUCCCUUGCACGGUAUUCUGCCUUUGCAAGUAGUUCUGCCUUCGCAAGGAGUGCUGCCUUUGCAAGGAGUGCUGCCUUCGCAAGGAGUGGUGCCUUCGCAAGGAGUGCUGCCUUCGCAGGGAGUGCUGCAUCCGCAAGGAGUGCUGCCUUCGCAAGGUGUGCUGCCUUCGCAAGGAGUGCUGCCUUUGCAAGGAGCGCUGCCAUCGCAAGGAGUGCUGCCUUCGCUAGGAGUGCUGCCUUCGCAAGGAGGGCUGCCUUCGCAAGGAGGGCUGCCUUCGGAAAGAGGGCUGCCUUCACAGGGAGUGCUGCCUUCGCAAAGAGUAAUGCCUUCGCAAGGAGUGCUGCCUUUGCACAGAGUGCUGCCUCCGCAAGGAGUGCUGCCUUUGUAUGUACUGUUGCCUUCGCAAGGAGUGCUGCCUUUGCAAGGAUUGCUGCCUUUGCAAGGAUUGCUGCGUUUGCAAGGAUUGCUGCCUACGCAAGGAGUGCUGCCAUCGCUAGGAGUGCUGCCUUUGCUAGGAGUGCUGCCUUCGCAGGGAGAGCUGCCUACGCAGGGAGUGCUGCCUUCAGUGCUGCCUUCGCAAGGAGGGCUGCCUUCGCAGGGAGUGCUGCCUACGCAGGGAGUGCUGCCUACGCAGGGAGUGCUGCCUUUGCAAGGAGUGCUGCCUUCGCAAGGAGUGCUGCCUUCGCAAGGACUGCUGCCUUCGCAAGGAGUGCUGCCUUCGCACAGAGUGCAGCCUUCGCACAUAGUGCUGCCUUCACACGGAGUGCUUCCUUUGACAGAGUGCUGCCUUCGCAAGGAGGGCUGCCUUCGCAAAGAGUGCUGCCUUCGAAAGGAGUGCUGCCUUUCCACAGAGUGCUGCCUUUGCAGGGAGUGCUGCCUUUGCUCAGAGUGCUGCCUCCUGCAGCCUUCGCAAGGAGUGCUGCCUUCGCAAGGUGUGCUGCCUUUGCAAGGAGUACUGCCUUCGCAAGGAGUGCUGCCUUCGCAAGGAGUGCUGCCUUCGCUAGCAGUGUUGCCUUCGCAAGGAGCGCCUCGUUCAGAAGGAGUGGUGCCUCCGCAAGGGGUGCUCCCUUCGCAAGGAGUGCUGCCUUUGCAAGGAGUACUGCCUUCGCAAGGAGUGCUGCCUUCGCAAGGAGUGCUGCCUUCGCAAGGAGGGCUGCCUUCGAGAGGAGGGCUGCCUUCGCAGGGAGUGCUGCCUUCGCAAGGGGUAAUGCCUUCGCAAGUAGUGCUGCCUUCACAGGGAGUGCUGCCUUAGCAUGGGGUGGUGCCUUCGCAAGGAGUGCUGCCUUUGCAGGGAGUGCUGCCUUUGCAAGGGGUGUUGCCUUCGCAAGGAGUGCUGCGUUCACAAAGAGGGCUGCCUUCGCAAGGAGUGCUGCCUUCGCAAGGAGUGCUCCCUUCGCAAGGAGUGCUGCCUUCGCAAUGAGGGCUGCCUUUGCAGCGAGUGCUGGCUUUGCAAGGGUUGGUGCCUUCGCAAGGAGUGCUGCCUCUGCAAGGAGUGCUGCCUUCGUAAGGAUAUAUGCCUUCGCAAGGAGUGCUGCCAUCACUAGGAGUGCUGCUUUGCAAGGAGGGCUGGCUUCGCAGGGACUGCUGCCUUUGCAGGCAGUGCUGCCUUUGCAAGGAGUGCUGCCUUCGUACGGAGUGCAGCCUUCGCACUUAGUGCUGCCUACCCACGGAGUGCUGCCUUUGCACAGAGAUCUGCAUUCGCAGGGUGUCUUCAAAAGGAGUGCUGCCUUUGCAAGGAGUACUGUCUUCGAAAGGAGUGCUGCUUUCGCAAGGAGUGCUGCCUUCGCUAGGAGUGUAGGCAUCGCAAGGAGUGCUGCCUUCCAGAGGAGGGCUGCCUUCGCAGGGAGUGCUGCCUUCGAAAGGGGUAAUGCAUUCGCAAGUAGUGCUGCCUUCUCAGGGAGUACUGCCUUUGCAACGAGUGCUGCCUCCCAAUGA